UUUUAUCACAUUCAUGGGGCAAUUUAUCCUCUUUCGAAGCCAGGCCUUUUCGGGUUAGCUUGACGCAUCCACCCGGAGCACACAUUCAAUGUUAAUCACGCAGAACUAAGAGAAGAACGAACGACUGAAAGGUACUGGAAUAUUGACAAAUGCUAUGAACGUCUACGAAUAGUGUCUGGUAGCACUACCGCAGUGAAUAAGGUUUAUUGUAGCAGUGUUAUGCUGACACUAAUUGGUAAAAUAGUAAGAAGCACUACUUGCAAACGUUAUAACAAACGUUAGCUCAGAUCGAGAAAGAAUGGGCCAGUUCAACAGUAAAAACAAUGGUGAUGCCGAUUAUAACGUGUACGUUAAAACAGGAGACAAAAAAGGAGCUGGGACAGAUGGAAAUGUUUAUAUUUCUAUGAUCGACGAAGACGAGAAAAGGUCACAAGAUGUAAAGCUCGACGCUGCCUGGCGGAAUGACUUUGAGGCUGGAAGAACAGACACUUUCCCUAUUAAAGACUGUCCGGAUUUAAAGCACAUCACUGAAGUAGACAUUUGGAGGGAUAACACAUUUUCCCAUGAUAACUGGUAUGUAGAGAAGGUUGUCAUAGAACGCUGCAAGGACAAGGACCGGAGUGUAUUCCCAAUUCAUCGCUGGAUUCCUGCAAACUUUCGAAUUCAGAUUCAGGAGUUCGACUGCGUUUUGCCGCAACAUGAUAAACAUCUGGAACAAAGGAAGAAGGAACUUGCAAGAAAACAGGAAAAAUAUCAACUGAAAGUCCAACAGGAAGGACUUUCAGCGCAGGUACUUACGAUGCCAGAUGAUGAAUCCUUCUCCAAUGAUUACAAGUGGGACAUACAAAAGACAAAGCUACAACUUGGCUUCGAAAAACUGAAGCUUUUGAUGACUGGAGAAUUUAAAACCCUGGACGAUCUUAAAAAUGUCUAUGACUCAAAAUUUAGAGAACCCGACGGUCUUAAAAACUGGAAGAAAGACGUCGAGUUCGGAUCACAAAGAUUGACUGGCUGUAAUCCAAUGUCAAUAUGCUUGUGUCAAAGUAUCCCUGAAAAUUUUCCGGUAACACCAGAGAUGGUUGAACCAUUCCUCGAAGGACAAACCUUAAAAGACUGCCUGGAUAAUAAGAAGAUCUACAUUGUGGACU